AUGUCGACUCAGGAACUCCCGAAAUGCUGCGUGUGCGGCCAGCCGACCACGAAGCGUUGUCAGGCGUGCGCAAAGAGCGGGAUCGACCUCUUCUUCUGCUCGCCGGAACACCAGAAGCUUGUCUGGAAGCACCACAAGCAAGUCUGCGGGCCAAACGCUGACCCUUUUUGCCCGCGGGCUCUCACCGAUGAGGAAGCCUGCGCCUUGCUCACCCACGCUCGGGAGGCUCGCACCGUGUCGCUUGAUGCAUUUCCUCCUUCUCUCCUGAGUGCGCUGCCACGGCAUGGUGCGGCUAUGCAACAGCUUGGCGCGAUCGCCGCGAAAGGCUCCGUUACCAUUGCCGACUUGAUGGAGAACUACGCGGGCGGGCCGCCUGGCUCUUUUGAGACGCGCAUCCUCCCGAACCUCCGCAAUCCUGUCGAUAUCCCUCGUCGCUCACGCUACACGGGUCUGACGAAGGCUCGCUCCUUCCUCCUUCAGCACCUCGAAGGUUUCGUCGGCGGUACUGGCGACGUCUACGUACACACGAUCUGGGCCCAAGUCGCUCGACUGGGUGCUUUUGCCGGCGGCUGGCUGGGCACUGCCGACAACGACGCCGAGAUGCGCCUCCUGAGCCAGAUCAACCACCACCUGCUCAUUCUGGUCACGCUUGCCCGCAUCAAGCACGCCGACGACUCGGCCAUUCCUGAUGCCUGGAUUCUCCGCUCCUUCGAACACGUCGUCGAUCUGCACGCGGACAUCAAGCCAUUCGAGUCGAUCCAGGCGCUCCACUACAUGACCAACCACUACAGGAGUCGUACUGCGACCCUGGCUGAUCGCUCAUACAUCGCUGUGCCCAAGCCGGGCGGCAGGGGACCCACGCUUCGUUACCCCGACUGA